GUCUUUUUUUUUUCCUUUUGUUUACUCUGUUCAACUCUGUUUCUCUUACCAAGUUAGGUUUACUUUACUUCGUCCGAACAAUAGUUCCUGUGCCUUUUCCAUUUUAGCCAAGGAUGGUAUCGGAUUCCGUGUUGGUUGACCGGCUCCGGGAAAUACUUCGAGUUUCCGACCUUGAUAUUGCCACCGCCGGCACCGUUCGUAGGAGGCUUGAGGAGGAAUUUGGGGUCGAUUUACUUGACAGGAAAGCAUUUAUCAGGGAUCAAAUCGACCUUUUCCUUCGAAUCCAGGUUGAGGAAACUUCAAAGAACGAUGUACACGAAGCAGAGAAUGAGAAGGAAGGUGAAAAUGAUGAUUCUUGCUCCCAAGAAGAAGAACAAGAAUCAAAGGAAGAUGAAAAUGGUGAUUCUUGCUCCCAAGAAGAAGAGGAGGGUGAGGAUGACAGUGCUAAAAGAGCAAAGAAGAAACCACGUAGGUCUGAGAAAAUGAAUGGAGAAGCAAAGAAAAAAGGGGGCUUUAACAAACCAUGUGCACUUUCGCCACAGCUUCAGAAAUUGGUUGGCGAGCCAGAACUUGGCAGACCAGAGGUCGUCAAGAAGAUUUGGGCCUAUAUCCGGGAGAAAAAUUUACAAAACCCAGAGAACAAGCGGAAAAUUUUAUGUGACGAAGUUUUGAGUGGAAUUUUUCAGGUGAAAAGUAUAGACAUGUUCCAGAUGAACAAGGUGCUAUCCAAGCACAUUUGGCCCUUAAAUGAGGAAAAUGGCACUCAAGUCAAAACUUCUGUGAAGAGAAGGCUACCGAAAAAAGGCAGAGAAGAAGCUUCAGAUGAGCCAAAGCAAAAAGAGAAAAGGCAGAAAGGCGGAGGAUCUGGUUUUCUUGCUCCGGUUCAAUUAUCAGAUGCCCUUGUGAAAUUCUUAGGUAUUGAUGAAAAUGCUUUGCCGCGAGCUGAUGUUAUUAAGCGAAUAUGGCAAUAUAUAAAAGAAAAUGAGCUGCAGGAUCCAUCUGAUAAGAAGACAAUCAUCUGCGAUGAAAGGUUAAAAGAACUAUUUCAAGUUGAUUCCUUCCAUGGGUUCACAGUUACAAAGCUAUUGACUGCUCAUUUUAUCAAAAGAGAAGACUGAUAUUGUGGCUUGCUUGCAAUUGGCAAUGAGAGGGUAAUUUAUAUUCUAUCUGGCCCUGUUAGUCAACACAAAAAAAGAAAAAAGAAUGAAAAAAACAAAAUUGUUAUAUCCUUUUUUGGUAACCGACUGUAUUCUAUUAAUCACCACCAAGUGAAAACAUUACAAAGCCAUAUCAUAGCAAUCACUGCUAGAUAUCUACAAGGUAAGUCUCAAUCUAACAGUACAAUUGUAUGCUACUUCUUUUGCUUAGUACUUCCAUUCCCUGCUUUUCUUGGUGA